AUGUGGGCUCGGCCAACGACAUCUGGCUCGGCCAGCGACAUCGGGCUCGGCCAAGCCGUCUUGGCGAUGGCGGAAGAGCUGGCGCGGAGCUACCAGAUCCCCGGCGUCAGCGAGGCAGCGGGAGUGGUGUGCAUCAUGGCGAACCUAUUUUCGGACAGCCGCGAGAACGACGAAGCGAGUACUUCGAGACUCCGGCAAUGCCGGUCGAUGGUGUUGGCGCUUAAACGGGCCGACAAGGUGGUCGGCAAGGGCGGGGACACAAUUGGGGAGGCUGUGCGUGUCUUGAUCGAAGACGUGCACGCCGCCAUCUUCGACCUGUUGGAUCUGCAAUUGCAAGCCAGGCACGACAUGAGCUCAAUGAAGGAAAGCAUGCAGUCGAUGGAGGAGGGAAUGCACCAGCACAACCAGGGAUCCACCGCGGGGACCAUAUCGGAGUCCGUGGCGGAGGCUCGUAGGAUCAGGCGGCAGCGCAAGUUCGACCAAGUCGAGAUUCCUGAGGAGCACUUGUUCAUCACGAACGAUGAGUUGGGAAAGGGGGGCUUCGGAGAGGUGUACCUGGCCGACUACAAUGGCCACAACGCGGCGGCGAAGGUGUUACGCAUCACCCACGACCUGGGCGCUUUCGACGAGAAUCAGCAGCAGCGGGAGACGAGUCAGCGUAGAGCGUUUUUGCGGGAGCUGGAAGCCAUGAUCCGCCUUCGCAGCCCUAACACUGUCAACGUCUACGGAGCAGUGACGUCUCUGCCAGACCGCGUGGUGCUCGUAAUGGAGCUGAUGCCAGGCGGGGAUCUCCAAACGAUACUCACGAGUUCUCAGGAGCCUCUCCCCGAGGAGCAAUCCAGGCGUAUUGUCCGAGAUAUCUGCACCGGCAUGGCCUUCCUGCAAAGCAGGAAAACCGUCCACGGCGAUCUUAAGUCGGCCAAUGUAUUUUUGGAUGGCAGCGGCAGGGCCAAGGCGACUCUCGUCGAUCUUGGGUUGAUUUGUAUGCUAGAAGAAGAAGGCAGCUCCUUUGCGAGCGACGUCUACAGCUUCGGGAUCGUGGUCUGGGAGGUGUUCUCAAGGAAGCUACCGUGGGCGAACAAGACGCGUCCUCGCGAGAUAUUGUCUGCGGUUCUGAGGGGGAAACGGUCAUUGUUCCACACAGCCACUCCAGCCGACAUCGUGGACAUCGCCAAGGCCUGCUGGGGUGGGGAACCCGAGGAACGUACCACUUUCAGCGCCAUCUUGGAGGACAUGUGGCAAAGGGCUGGAGGGACUUGGCUCAUUGCUCGUCCCUUGCGGGGUGUUGUGGGGGAUUAG